UUCCCUUUAUACUCCGCUCUAUAUUACCCCCGCAACACUAUACCCUGAGCUACGAACGUCAAGAGGAGAUAUAGUCAGCUUAAGCAUUCGAAAGUUGGAGAUCUACGUGUCAAUAGAUCACGGUUCCGUCAAUUAUAUCUCCGAGUACAAGGGCUUCACCGCCGUUUGCUUCGAUUUUCUCAGCCCCGAAUCCACCCCCGAGUCCGGGUGGGUACUCUGUUGAACCCCCUGUAUUAUUCUAUACCUUCAUAUCUAGCAUAAUUCAAGAUGUCUCGAAACGUACGCCAACAGAGGCUCCCGUCUACCCCUGCCAAGAUUGCUAAACGUCGCGCCUCGGACGCUUCGUCGUCCCUUGACCUGUCCGACGAGGGUGGCUAUUCAGGGGUAGAAGACAUCAGCGACUCUGAAGAUGACGACGAGGAAAAUGUAAACGCGGCCGAGGAGGAGCACAUUCUCUCCGAUGGACUGCGGCAGAACAUACGCAGCUCCGCCUCUCCUCGGCCACAGGUUCUUGAAGACGAUGGUGGAGACGAACAGGAAGAAGACGAGGAUGAUAAUGAUGAGGAGGAAGAGGAGGCAGACUACGAGGGUGAUGACGAUGAUGUUGAUGAAAAUGCUAGUUGGGAUGGCAUUUCGUCUGAAGCGGAUGCCGAUGAGGAUAUUGUUGUCGACCAAGGUCUCAUUGGCACCGAGCGUCGUGUUCGGUUUGAUAUCCCCGAAGAAUCGUCAGAUGACGAUUCGACCGAAACCGAUGAGGAUGUUGAUCACGGCUUCUUCCCUGAUCUCUUCGUUGAUAAGAGCAUACUCGACCCUUCUUUUCGUCGAGAGAUUGAGCAUGACCCAGACCCGUACGAUUCGUCCAACUCGGACGCUUUUUGGGACAAUUAUGGACCUUCUAACGAAGUGGAUACCACCAACGAUGACCUAGGCUCUGACUUUGAGGCUUGGAUUAAUGCCAUGGAUGAUGAGGAUAGUACGCCAAUGGCCACCCCUAUGACCAAUCACGACAUGUCAACUGCUGGCUCCACACCAAUGGGCUUCUCUGAGCACGAUCAAGCCUCUCUCGAUGGGUAUCAAACUGAUGGGGAUACUACCGACGAAGAAGAGCCCCCUCAAAAUCCAAUUCGACGGAAGAGUCGACGGGAGGCUGCUGAUGAUUCCUCUGAUUCGGAUGGUGCCACACUUAUUCGGCCACGCCGUGGCCAACCACAUGUCGGACGAUUCAACCUCGAUAAGUCUAGCCAAAAACCCAUCGCUAUUUUGAAUCCACGAACCGGCAAGAUGAUGAUCUUUACUCAUCAGAGCAUGAGCGGGAGGGGCUUUGAUUUAUCUCCCGAGCAGUUCAACUUUCAAUACUUCGAACCACCUCAAUCGUCUCCCAUUCUUAGCAACCCAGGCAGUAUCAUGAUGAGUGGAAUGAUCUCCUCUAGUACCUAUGGGGACUUCAUGAACACACAUGCGGUUGGCCCCGCCGAAGCCUGGUAUUCCCAGGCGUCUGACGGAAAUGUAGUUGAAUCAUCUGAUUCCGAUGAUCAAGUUGUCGAUGAAGCUGAGAAGAGUCUCAAAUUGGAGGACUUCAUUACCUUGGAUCACGAUGACUCGUCAGAAGACGAGAAGCUACUUGAUCAAGAUGAAACGGACGACCAAAUAUUCUGCACGCCCGGCCGCACACCUGGUCGUCCCAGCACUGCGUCCAGUGACGUUACAUCUCUCCUUGACCACUUUACGCACAAUUCUAACAUUGUCGGCGCGUUUCGCCGGGACCAAGUGAAUCAUCAGUUAAUCAGCCGUAGCAAAGCUACUCGAGAAUCGCUUGCGUUUUCUGGUCCCUACUUUGAAGGCACCCUUCGUGGUAUCAAAGAUGGGCGCAUCGCUACUACCAACGUCCCCAUUUCACCCAUGCGGAAACAAAAGAAGAUGCCUGAGCUUGCGAGCAGUCCUCUUUCGACCAUGUCGCAAAAAAGAAAAGCUUCCGCAGAGCCCCAUAUAGGCCAUAAACGACAGAGAAGCCUUCUUGAAAAUCUUCAAGGAAGUAUACAUAAACUGAAGUCUCUGACAGACCUCUCAGGAAAAUAUAAGGCCUGAUCCUCUGAAAUCAGACCCUCUGUCUAACAAGAGGCUCAAAAACGCUAAUGGACGGUGUGACCUACUCCGAUAG